AUGAAAUCUCUCGCCUUUAUCUUUGGCUCUUUUUCAUCCGCGGCAGUUUGGGACACGAAAUUCAACGCUGCCUGGAACUUAAAUUUCUGGUGGCAAGAGGAGGGAGACUACAAGAGCACGCUUGAAGAUGGAAAGUGGGUGGAAGAGCUAUUCUGCAAGACGAAGCCGAUUUAUGAAUUCCGAUGCACGGGAGAGGCUCUAUGUCACAAAGUUUUAUACGCUAAAAAUGCUCAUUGCACGAGGGUUCAGACGAAUGAGGAUGGAAUGAAAGUUAGAGAGCAUUAUGGCUGCUACAACUCGAAUUGGACGAAUGAUACAACUGGUGGAAUCCUUGAGUCUCUCUACGAUGAAUUCCUCCAAGAUCAGCCCUUCUUGCCCGUCGAUAGCGUUCCCGAAACCCACCGGCUUUUCCUCCCAGAAAAAGGUGUCUGCCCCCAAACAGGCUCCGAAAUUUGCGGCUCACUAGAUGCCAUUCCUUUCUUUCAUCCUUCCUGCUACCGGAACGACCAACUCAAUCCCGGGUUCUACCUGCUUUCAGUUCAGAGCUUUUUCAGUCCGGAACAACAAAUUGCUUCGAAAGAACUACGACCGAGGGGAUGA